AUUCGUGGGGUCAUUAAAGUUAUCGUCAUUGACAUAGGCAAAAUGGGUCUCGACAUAGACGAAAUUCAGAUCAUGAAGAAUCUCAAUAUGAUCGUAGAAGUCAACGUUCUCAAUUUGUAUUAG